UUGUGGAUAUUGGGCUUAAAAAAAUUCAUUUUGACUUGGCAUGAUGCCUACUGCUUGGGAAAGAAAAGAAAACACAGUAACCUCCACAUUAUCUAAAAAAUGCACGUGUGUGUGCCUAUGGAGGAAGAAUGUAGCUACCAAUUUAAAUAAAAUUGCAGUUGCUACAGUUUUUCGACACAAGCACCCAAGUUUGAUAAUUGGUUGUGACGAUGGUGUACUCAGAAUCUACACUCUUCCAACUGAUGGCGACAAAGAUCAAGACACUCUACAGAUGAAGCUAAGUCUUGAAACUAAAGGCGGCCCCAUUCAGACCCUGAUGGCUUAUGAUGUCUCAAAACUUGGUUCCACUGACUUGAUCACAGCAGACUCACGAGGGAUGGUCACAAUAUUUUGUAACGGGCAGAUCUCUGCCAGAAAAAGUCUUUCAAAGGAUUCUGUUAAUUGUUUGCAAAUUGAUGAUGAUGCCACUGGAAAUUUUACCAUCAUAGCAAGUGAUGGUGCUGGUGUCAUCCAUGGAUUUAUGCCAUACAGUCAUCUAUGGAUGAUAAGGCUUGCAGAUAUGCCCAUUCAAAAGAAUAUCCCGCAGUUACCUCGAAUAAAGUGUCUCCUAGCAACAAGUCUUAUUGGGGCAUCAGGUCAAGAGUCAAAUUAUGUAAUUGCAUCAGAUGAUUGUAAGAAUCUUCACUUUCUGCAGCAAGGCACUGUGGUUGUAACACUUACCUGCCAGUCAAUCAUUACAGCUAUGUGCAAAGGAUAUUUUGUUCCAAGUGAUGAAUUGGAAUUGACUGCCACUUGUCCUGAAACGCCCUCACAGGUUGCUCUGGGUGCUGAGGAUGGUUCAGUGUAUAUAAUGUGUAAUUUCCAGAUAUAUUUUGAUGAGUACACAAAUGUGAAGUUACCAAUAAAACAACUUGCAGCAUUGCCAGGGAAUAACAGCAGUGAAGUACAAAAUUUAGUUUGCACAGGAAACUUUAAUCACCUAGUGAUCUACCAUGCUAAGAAGUUGGUUGCAAAGUAUGAAACAUCUGAUUGGGUUUGUUCAUUGACUGUAGCUGCCCAGAACCAAGAUGGCAGCCAUCAGGUCAUUGUAGGAUGUUGCAACAAUGUAGUAGAAGCCAUUAAGAUAAGCUGAGAUCAAAGAUGGCAGCUACUGUAUCUGGUAAUUGUACGAUGAAUAUUGCCACAUUCCAUGAAAUUUAAAACAAUAAAAUAUUGUAAGCCGAGAACCAAGAUGGUAGCCUUCUGGUUGCAGCAAUGUAGUGGAAGCCAUUAAAAUAUGUUAAGAUCAAAUAUGGCAGCUAUGAGGUGAUUGUAGGAUGGCUGGAGGUUGCAACUAU